AAUGUAUCAUACGUAAAUGUGAUAGUGAGGCGUAAAUUUCUUACAACACCACUUAAACUCUACGACGUGUUUUGUCAUCGCUCUUUCCAUAUUAUAUGAUAUAAGCUGAACCAUAAAAGAAGUAUUCUUGCAUUCACGACGGGAUGCCAGACAGUACAUACAGUAAAAGCUGUAUGGGGACGAUAUGGAUUGGAUAAUGAUGGUGCAACAACUCUUAAUUCAUUUUGCAAUAAUAUGAAAUAACAUUCCGCAUAUUAGAUAAAUCACCCAUGUUUACUCGAAUGGUAGCGCAGUACACAAUCAUCAAGAGAAUAUGGAAACAAACUGCCUGCUACUGUAUACAGAAACAAAGAUAUAGGAGCAUACAGAUUGGUCAAUCAAUCAGUGAAAGCAAGUAUUCAGGCCAUAUCCUUGAUAUUUUUUCACAAAAGAAAAUGGAGUUGCCUGAUGAAGAUUUAAAAGCAAAUUCUGGAUCAGAAGAAUGCUUACCUGAUAAAAGUGUAAACGAAGGUGAAGCAAACAUUGAAAGGCCCCUGGAAAAUAGGCUUGAAGAUGGUUUUGGCAUUCUUUUCGAGGAAAAUCAAAUUUCCAAAGAAAGUUCCAAAGAAGCAUGUGCCAGUAAAAAGAAGUCAAAAAAGGCAAAGAUCCGUGUAGAAAAGGGGAAUAAUGAUGAUUCUGAAGAUGGACCAAGUAAAUCUAAAAAGAAAAAGAAACAUGCAAAGAGGAUUGCUGAGACACCUGAUCACUUCAUCGCUCUUCAGAUCAGUAAUCCUACGAUCCAUGAAAGCUUUGCUGACGUCCAGGAAAAAAUUGUUUCCCAGAAUCCUCCACUCAUAGAUGCCAUGGUGUCUAUCCGGAAACUACACGUUACAGUCAUGCCCCUUUGUUUGCUCACACAGGACCGAAUAGACCAAGUAGAGCCAUGUCUGCAUUGGAUCUGUGUGCAAGCAGACUAUUUACAGAUUACAAGGACAGACUGGUGGUGUUGGGAGUGACCGGGAUCGGAAAUUUUAGGAAUAAUGUCUUGUUUGCCAAAGUUACUCCAUCUGAUCCGAGUCAACAUAAUGUUCUACAGCAUAUAUCUGAUGUGGCAAAUGACGCUUUCGCUGAACAUGGAAUUAAAAACACUGACAAGAAGUCAGAUUUCAAACCACAUGUUACAAUAGCCAAACUGUCCAAAAACUUCCGUAAACUCAGACAAAAAGGCAUUAAGAAGAUCGACCCGUCCCUGUAUGAGGGUGAUGUGGACAGACACUUUGGCCAUCAAGUGAUUACCACUGUACAGCUCUGCUCGAUGUUCAAAGCAGACAAGGCGACUGGUUACUACAAAAUACUACAUGAAGCAAGUUUUGGUCCUCAGGAAAUUUCAAACUUGACAAUAGAAGAUCAGUGUAGCGUAACAUCAGCAGCUGAUAUCCUUGUGCAGUGGACUGUAAAAUCAGCAAAAGACAAAUGUUUGGCUACAAGUCGCUCUAUUGGGGAUGAAACUAACAAGAGUAUUGAAUCAGAGGAAAACAAAUGUCUUCAGAUGGAACAUUUAACUGGACCCUGUGUUGAUGAACAGGGAACAGUACACAAGGAGAAGUUAGAUUUGGAUCAGUUUAUCCAAGAUAACACUGCAGAGACUGGUAUUGAUAAAGAUUCUGAUGUUGAUAAAAUAGACUCUAAAGAGGAAGUGGUGAUUAUCUCGGCCGCAAACUCCGAGGUAGAAACUGAGCUGGACUGUAGUUCUGAUGUGAAAGUUCGUUUGGAUGUGGAUACUAUGGAAAGUUUCCAAGAUAAUAAUGAGGGCAGUGAUUCACUGUAAUAUUGGUUUGUUUCAACCUUAGUGCCUUUUGAUAUAAAGUAUUUUUCUACUUAAAAUAAUCUUUACCUCGAAAAUUGAGGAUUGAGCGGAUUUAAGACAAAUUAUCUAAGGAUUAGGUUAUGUUUCCAGGCACUAUGUCAAAUUGAUUGUGUUAAAUGAAUGAAUAUGGUUUAUGGUGCUAAAAUAGUAUAUAUUUUUUUUAUAUUUUCUGUAUUGUAUUUAUUGUUGGAAUGAAAAUGUUGAAGAAUGAAAUAAAAAGAAUUCGAGAUGAGGA